AUGAAACCCAAAGCAAGAAAGAUUGAAGCAAAGACAAAGCGGAAAAAAUCGUCUUCUUCAUCUGAAUUGACUGCUCCUACUGAUUCUACAAUUAUUCGGCACAUCAUCAAUGAAUAUCCUCAAAAAACACCUCUUGAAUUUUUAUUAAAAUGGGGAACCAAAGAUGAUUUUCAAGUAAAUGCGUGUGAUAGCUUUUCAUCCUCUUUUGAGUUCAUGGAUUCUGUUUCCGUUCAAGAAAAACCUAAAAAGAAAUGUAAAGACAAUCCUUUUGACGAUAUUGAUGUUUACGGCAGUAGUGCUAACGGAGAGGCUUAUUCCAUUGACAUGCAUUGCCGAGAUUUUAAUAUAUUUGCGUCUUGUGAAGGAAGAUAUAUUUUCAUUUGGAAAUUAAAUACAUCACCACAUCAUACUUCACCACAACUAAUUCAUACCAUUAAACUAUGCAAUCACGAUCAGAAUAUGAAUCUCUAUUGUAUUAGGUGGGGAGUUUGGAAUGAUAAAGAUAUUCUUGCUGUGUGCGGAGAACCAAAUUUUGUAAUAAUUUAUGAAAUUGAUAUUCAAUGUAGCAAUACGAAAGACAUUUCUAAAUUAUUGGGAGAGUUAAGAGGCCAUGGAAAUUCAGUAUAUUGUGUAGCCUUUCAUCCCGACAUGAAUGGAUUAAUUCUGACUGGAAGUACCGAUGAUUCAAUACGACUUUGGGACCUAAAUCUAAAUUUUGAAACAAUUGCCAUCUUUGAAGGACAUGUUGCUGGUAUUAGUAGUUUAAGUUUUCAUGAGAGUGGAAAUUAUUUUGUGAGUGGAGGUAUGGAUAAUACAUGUCGAGUAUAUCAUAUUGAGGAUCAAGUAUGGAAGUAUAGAAAAUUCAAAAUGGAAUUUAAGGAAGCAUGUUCAAGUCCACACAGCCAACCAUCAACACAACAAUUAACUCGAGAAGGAUCUUCUUCGUCUUGCAUGGCUAAUUCAAAAAUCGAACCAAUUUCUGUUCCUAUUUUACAAUGUAAAUGUACAUUUUCUUAUCAUAAGGGUUAUGUGGACUCGUGUCUAUUUAUGGGAGACGUGAUACUUUCAAAAACAUCAACUUCUGAAAAAUCAACUAAUGAUCCAGGUGAUUCAGUCAUUGCAUGGGUUCCAGAUAGUGUUUUUGUCAAUGAGCAAGAAACAGAAGAAUUCAACAUUACGUCCGAAGAAGAUGAAGUCUCUAUUAUACAUCGAUUCAAAGGAAGUUCAUGUAUGUUCUGGUGGUUGAAAAUGGCACUCAGCGAUCGAUACUUGGCACGACCUCUCCACAACGGUAUUGUUGAAAUAUUUGACCUUAAUGAUGUCGGAAGAGCAUCCUACACAUCACCACGAACACGCUUGAAACAUCCUUCAGGUGUUCAUGACAAGAACAACCAUGGCUCAGAGGAUCUCAUUAGAGAAUGCGUAUUUUCAAAAGAUCAAAAGUAUUUAUUUGUCUUGCAACAAACAGGACGUAUCACUAGAUGGGCUAUCAAGCAUCGGUGA